GCUCAGUCGAUAAAGUCGCAGUGCGGAAAAAUAUCGCUGACUCAAAGAGUUAAAAACAACAACAAAUAAGUAGCAAAUUCCUCUCUCUGUCGCACUUAAGCACACCUGGGCUAUCGGCAUACUGUGCGUUAAAUUGGUAAACCAAAAAACAAAAAAAUUAAAUCACAACCGUGAAUUUAAAGUGAAUACUUGAUAUCGCGUCGCGUGUUUUGUUUUUUUUUUUAAAAUUUUUGUUCCUAUAUAAGUGUCAUUUUUUUUAGCCAACCAGAUUUAAAUUUUAAAAUUGGACAUAUACCAAAAGCGAUGUUAUAAUGGAGGCAAUGACCAUGCUGGUGUUGGGCUUCCAGUUGCUGGCGCUUUUUUCGAUCGCCGGCGCGUUGCUUAUCUACCUGAUCUGUAAGGUGCGCGAGGAUAGCGUCUCUGCCAGUGCGGGUAGUCAUCCCAGUCGGGUGGUCUUGAUAACCAGUGCGGAUACCGCUUUGGGUCUUCAGUUGUGCACCCAUUUGGCCAACAAAGGAUGUCGGGUUUUCGCUGGAAUGAAAGAGGCCCAAGACUCGCUACCCGCCAAACUUCUUUGCGGUUGGAUGAAGAUCCGAGAGUACAGUGAGGAACCCAUUGCAGGCACUAUUAUUCCGAUGAGACUGGAUGUUACUCGAGAGGAUGUGCUUCGCGAGGCUACCGUUGUAAUGGGCGCCAACUUAAAUGCCGAUGAGCGCGGGAUUGCGGCCGUAAUCAACACUAGUGGCAGUGUUUUCCGGGGCCAGGUUGAAUCCCAGGAUGUCCAGCAGUGGGAGCACAUGCUCAGAACCAACAUACUGGGCACUUUGCGUGUGGCCAAGGCCUUUGUGGGCUUCCUGCGUCCGACACGUGGAAGACUCCUUUACUUGGGAGGAGUUGGCGGAGGUGGAAGUGCUGGAAACGGAGGUGAUGGACUGGUUGCCUUUAAUGCCUCACGCGUUGCCGUAGACAAGUGUGCCGAAGAGCUGCGCAAGGAGCUGCAUCCCUAUGGCGUCAGCGUAGUUGCGUUGGAUACCUGCGGCAUGACAGCAGAGUCAUUGUACAAGGCACCAGUGGCACAAACCAUGUCCUUGGCCGUUGGGGCUCCUACGCAGUAUACAGCAGAUGUGCUCAGUCCGGACGCCCUUCAUGUGAUCGAGCGGGCGUUGUGGGACUUUGCUCCGCAGCAACGCUAUGCGCUCCUGAGUCACAACAAAUACCAAUUCGCGUUGCCAUGUCGCUCCUCGCUGCGACUUCAGAGGCCAGUAGCUUCAACAGUCGGCGAGAACGGCAGUCAGUCGGUUUAAGAUUCGUCUUCUUCCAUUUCCUGUAUAUAUGCUCCUGAUCCUGCUCCCAUUUACAAUAACGCUUCUGAUCCUGCUCCAUUCUCUAAUUGAUAUGUUUACCAUAUGCUCUGAUUGAUAAUAUUUUUUUUGUUCUUCUCGGAAGGCUUUUAUAAUAUUUACUUUUUAAUCGUUUUUGUUCACACUGCUAACGGUUUAAUUGUUGAACAUUAUAUUUAAUGUUACCAUACAUGAAAGAAUAAAGCUUUAUGCUAAUAUAUGUA